AAAAGUUACCCAUGAGUAUGCCGUCGGUUGGUUGUCGUGGUAGGCUGGCGGAGUGUCAGCGCCGUGAUGCACAUGCGUCUCACGUGCGCGUCUUUAUUUUGUCAGGGCUUCCGUGGGACUUCUGGGAUGUGAUGCUGCGGACAGCUCGAGAGAACGCGCAGCACGUGAGUCGAGCGCUCUCGUGAUCGCGUUCUAAUUAUUCGACGUGAUGCUUUCAGUGCUAUCAUCCAGAAUGUUCUGUCGUGUACCGAGUUGACGGCGGCAGCGCGUCGAAAGCAUGCCCGGCACGUACCACCAGCUGAAGCUUCAGCUAUGGUGGAUCCUCUCUGACCCCGGAGAAAGCCACGACCGGUACCUAGAUGAGUACCGAGCCUUUUUCAGCGAGCAGGCCCCGCUGCUGGACGUCGACGCUACAUUUUCGUUCAGCGAGGUGUACCGCAAGCCAAGCAGGAACCUCUAUGAAGAACCGAUCUACCAGCUGGACUGUACCAUCGAGUGGCCUGGUAUCACCUGGUUUGGCCCAUCUACAAAGCACCUGCAGGUCGGACGUGCGUGGUGCAACGCCGGUCGGGACGAGGGGCGCGACAAGGCGCUGUUCCAGUGGCUGGUGCCAAGCCCCCUCGAGGCCUUCCAGUUGGCCACGCAUCCCGUGGAUCGGGACGUGGACCUCUCGUCGCUCUCCUUUGGCACACUGGUGAAGCUCGCGACGUACUUUCAGCACUACAAGUUCUCCGGAUCAGUCCUUCAAGGGCACCGCAACUAUUGGGUGCGCGCAACCUUCCAGCACGACCAGCGCACCCUUCACGUUGAUCUGCACCUCAACCACCAAAGUGGCUGCGCAGAACGAGUCGCCGAGUACCGAUUCAUCGUGCCCUACCUCAACAUCCUCAAGGUGCUGAUCAACGAGAAAAACCGCUUUGUCGAGCUGUACCUUCACCUAAAGAUACCGGCGAUGCUGAUGGGCGAAGUGGUCAAUGACAUUCCGUCGAGGCCCGGCAGUGCAGGGGCUCCGCUCCGCUGGGAGCGCUACCUUGCCAUUGGGUGCAACUGCAUCGGCGGUGCCGCGCAUACGGCCUCCCUCUGUGGAGGCCUCGUCCUCAAGCUGGUCGUACGGGACCACUCCCUUGCGAGGCGCGUGGUUGGGCGGCUCUCGCAGCGGUGCUCGCAUGGAACCCUCAUCUGCUACGCACCCAUUCGAACCUACUGCCCCGACAGUGCGGCGGUCCAGUGGACUCACAGGAUUCAGGUGCGGGCCGAGACGAUGCAGAGGACUCUGCCAUAUCCCUGUGCCUACGCAUUCAAGGCGGCCCUCCACAUCAGCUUCGAUGCCCUUGACCAGAUGGUCCUCAUGUCCGAGCCGGAAUUUAACAAGCUGGUGAGGGACAUCGAGAAGCGAUCCGAGAAGGAGCCGUUAGUGGUGGAGCGGGCACUCAGCCAUGUGGUGUCCAGCAUCGAUGCAGGCAACGUCGUGGUGUUUUCACGUGCCUUCUAUGCCGCCUGCAGCCUGUUCCACGAUGAGAAGCCGCCACAGCUGGCCCGCGGCACCUGCCUUGUGCGGAGCAUGUUUGUCACACCGGGCCGGCUCAUCUUUCGUCCCGCGCAGGUUCACUUUGAGAACAGAAUCCUCCGACAGUUCAACACCGAAUUCGCCAUUCGGGCGUCCUUCCGGGACGACAACCUGGACAAGCUGUCGUUCACGCUAAAUCUGCACUCGGCUCGGGACUCUAUGCUGAACGCCAUUGUCGGCGCCUUCCUGCAUCGGGGAGUGCGUGUUGGCACCCGCGAAUUCAAGUUCCUGGCACCUUCCACGAGCCAGCUCCGUGACCACGGGACAUGGAUGUACGCGGCCGAUGAGCAGCAGAACAGUGCGGUGACCAUCCGCGAGUGGAUGGGCCAGUUCGAGGGCAUCCCCAACGUGGCCAAGCGCAUGGCGCGCAUGGGCCAGUGCUUCUCCUCCACCGAGCAGUCCGUCCGUGUGCGGGCCAGCGAAGUGCAGGACGUCCCCGACAUUGUGGGUGGCUGCCACCCAGACAGCAAGAAACCGUACAUUUUCUCGGACGGCAUUGGCAUGAUGUCCGUGCCACUUGCCGAAGAGGUGUACAAAGUGAUGAACCUGAAAGACCGUCCAUCGGCCAUCCAAAUUCGGUACGCCGGCUCCAAGGGCAUGCUUUGCAUCAACCCCGCCCUGCCCAACGAGAAGCUCCUCUGCCUGCGGCCCAGCAUGCAGAAGUUCCCCUGCACCAGCUCAGAGUACCUCGAAGUGGUCAAAGUGUCUGCACCACGCUCGGUGACUUUGAACCGACCCCUGAUCACCAUCCUGGAGCAGCUGGGGGUGCCAACGGACACAUUUAUUCGUUUGCAAGAGAACAUGAUUCUCGAAUUCACUGACGCCCUGGUCGAGGAGUCCAGCGCCGUUAAUGUGCUGACAGCGUGGUCCAAGCUGCCACUGCCGUACCAGGACCUGUCCAAGGCAGGCUUUCAGCUCACGCUGGACCCUUUCUUUCGGUCGCUGCUUCUUGCUGUGUACCGGAAUGCAGUUGCGGGCCUUCGGUUCAAGACACGCAUAGCGCUGCCCGUGGAUCGUGCCCGGAACAUGCUUGGAGUGGUUGACACUACGUACAAGCUGCAGUAUGGAGAGGUGUUUGUGCAGUACACCGAGAUACGCAGCCCACAUGUACAGUACCAGGAACCACCCAAGCGGACAGUCGUCACGGGCACUGUCCUUGUCACUAAGUGCCCCUGCCUGCACCCAGGCGACGUGCGAAAGUUCACUGCCAUCGACGUGCCCGAGCUGCACCAUGUCAUCGACUGCAUUGUGUUUCCGGCACAGGGACCCAGGCCACACCCCGAUGAAAUGGCUGGCUCUGACUUGGACGGUGACGAAUAUGUUGUCAUUUGGGAGAAGUGCCUUUUUUUCCCAGGACCAAACAGAGCUCCCAUGAACUUUUCGGACCGGAACCCUGAGCCAGACAACAAAGAUAUCACGAUUGAUGACAUGAUCAAGUUCAUCUGCAAUUACAUCAAGAACGACUCCAUCGGGAUCCUGUCCAAUGCGCACCUGGCAUGGGCAGACCAGGAGCAAGAGGGAAUUCACUCGCCAAGGUGCCUUGCCAUCGCAGAGAAGAUCAGCAUCUGUCUCGACUUUGCCAAGAAUGGUCAGACAGCCUUUCUGCGGCGUGACGAACGCCCCGCGUUUUACCCAGACUUCAUGGAGAAAGGCAGCCACAAGACUACAUACCGGUCGGACCGGGCGCUCGGGGUCCUGUAUCGAACCUGUCGUUCCCUGGAAGCUGCCGUCGGCAGGCUCGGCCACCGGCACGUCGAUCCAAGCCGGUGCCAUGCGCUCGCUGUGCCAGGGUGGGAGGAUUACCGAGAGUCAGCAAUCCAAGCCCUGACGGAUUACAAUGCAAACAUUCGCCGCAUACUGAGCCAGUAUGGAAUUGGGUCGGAGGGCGAGGUGAUGGCCUGCAUGGUCAACACAUUUGACACCUACCACUGUGCCCAAUCAGACAAGCUAAACAUGGAGGACCUUGUUGAGAAGAUGACAAAGUUUUUGACUGAGACGACACGCGAUGUAUUUUAUUCUGAUGUCCUGAAAGAAAUGAAUGACGACUGCAUCACUGAUGCAGAGGAGCGGCGCAAGCGGAAGCUUCGCAGGGCCUCGGCCUGGUACAUGGUGACUUACGACCCCAACAUGGAGAGCACCUUCUUCAGCUUUCCUUGGUGCAUUGCCGAAGUUCUGGUAGAAGUUUUGCGCAGCUCAUCUGUGGAGGCCAGGGUGUGGUGCCCAAACAUCCUGUACUGGAAGAUUGACCAGCUUGUCAAGAACCACAGUGACCUUGCAGAAGACGAUGGUCUUGACGCGGGUUGUGAUUCAUUCAAGAGUGCUUUCCAAAUCAUUGAGAAGUGGCUUAAAGAGGAAACGCUUCUGGGUAAGCCUGAACCAGGUGCUUCAACCAAGCCUGGGCUGUGUUCCAACUGUCUGCUCGACAUCUACACAGAGUUUCUGGGAAGCAAAAAACUUGCACCAGUGGGUAAGAUCAUCACGAGGAGGCGGCAUGCAAUGAUGCUGCCGGUGGCAGCUGUACCGAACAUUACUGAACGGACGGCUCAAGAGGCAUCGGAAGAACAAUGUGUACAUCAAGAACUCGCCACGAAUACUGCUCCUCAACAAGCUUGGCAAGUAGUGAAUGGCUCCCUGGAGCUUCUUUCCCUGGAUGAGUCUGAAGACCAAACAGAUGAGCCUAGAGACCAGAAUGGACACAGUGAUGAUAAUCAGCAAGACCUAGAGGUCUCUCGUUCCCUAGUGUUUCCUCUGCAUCAGCCAUCAGACACGAACAACUCUGAGGCAGACACUUGCGAGGACCCCAGCGUCGGAACUCUCGUGAUCGCCUUCCUGCGGUGGUGUCUCGAGCAGCACCAACUGCCACGGGAACUAUGCCGUGUCGGUGUGUGUGCAGGUGGUGGCUACGAGUGCCAGACCCACAGGUUGCCAAUGGUGGCAUUGCGGGCCUAUAGUUCGCUGGCAGUGUCACUGGACCCAUGCCACAUCUCGCUGCCCUGUGACCCUGCGUAUCACGAGCCGCACCAAGAGGUUAUUGAGCGAGACCCAGUCCGGAUCCAGAUAGCCAAUCCGGUGAUGGAUCAGAUGCUGAAGGACAAGUUGGACGCGGUACGACAGCUUCUUAUGCGCUGGACGGGUGUUCAGGACGUCCAAAUACAGCGACAGGAUGACUUCGAAAACAAGUACAUUGUGGUGACGGCGAUGGGCCGAGACUGGCAAAUUUGGUUCCUUGAAGAAUUGCUCCUACAACGCUGGCUGCCACAGGCUAUUGACUGUGGAGACCUUCACAGGUUUCUAGGGAAGAGUGGCCAGGCUGGCGCAGCAAAGUGGGGCUCUAGGAGCCUGGCAUCUGCACAGCGCUGAGUACUUUUUGCUCAAGUAGCCACCAUUGUGUGAUCAGGCAAGGCACCAUUUGAUACGCUGUGAUAAAGCAAUUAUUCAUAUUGUUUUUAUAGGACACACCCAUCAGCAGAGGAGACUUGCGAACUCAAGACUGCAUGCAAUUUUUACAUUUCGUGAGACAUUAAAAGUGUUUAUAUUUCA